AUGUUCUGGAAAGUCCUUUUGAUCGCUUCUCUGUGUCUGACAGCUCAGAUCACGAGAUGUCAGGAGGAGGAUGAGAUAAUGGAUUCAGACGAGGAAGACGAGGAGGAACUGUUAGACGCUGAACCCCUGGACGAUGGAAGCCCUCUUGAUGAUGGAGAGCCUAUAGAACACGAACCGGUAGUUGAAGAAGCAGAGGACUUUGUGAUUAAACCAUCUCCAGAUGCCAAAGUGUUCUACGCUUUCCCAAAACACGCUGAUGAAACCAUGUUCCCAGGAGGUAAAGUUGUGAAAGCUCUCAUCGGUUUCCAGAACAACGGUGACUCCCCCUUUAUCAUUGAUAACGUCGAGGGUGGGUUCCGAUACCCCAUGGACUACAACUAUGUGAUCCAGAACUUCACAUCCUUCCGUUAUGGCAGAGAAGUCGCUCCCGGAGUUACCCAAACUUUCCUGUAUAUGUUCGUGCCUAGUGAACAGCUGGCCGGAGGUUCCAGAACUUUCUCCCUUGUGAUGAGUCUGAAUUACCGUGGAGAGGACGGCACUCUCUACACUGACUCCCCUUUCAACGAGACCGUCUCAGUUCACGAGGUUGACGAAGGAUUUGAUACCGAGAUCUUUUUCAUGUAUGUUUUGCUUGCCGCUCUUUUUGCUUUACUUCUGUUUGGCGCCCAGUACCUGUUUUCUUCUGCUUUUGGGGGUCGUAAGUCGUCGCGGAAAACAAUCGAGACUGGAACAAGCGGAGGAAUCGACUACGACUACAUCCCUAAAGAUCACCUCACCGCCAAAAAAGCUAAGGCCACUAAACGGGACUAGAUCCAAAAAUUAUUUUAAUAUUUGUAAUAUCAAAACGUUACUCAAAAUUUGCCGUCGUGUUUUUAACAUAAGUUUUAAAGGUUGCCAAUUCGUCCUUUAUUGUAGCGUUUGGAUGUUUUUUCUAGAUCCAUCUUUUCAGUUCAAUAAACUGUUGCGUUUCGGCACGGCUUUUUAGUAGUGGGGCUCAGCUUGAUCAUUGAGUUGGUGAUUUCUUAUGAAAUUUUACGGGUAUUAUUGUAAGUUGUAUUAAAGAUAUUUAUAAUGUUGACGCUUGUGAUCCAGAACUUAAUAACACUGAUAAUAGCUCGAGAGAAAUUCUUGUUGGCUGUUUUGUGUAAUUUUGAUAUAAAGUAUUGUUGAACUUAUGGUUUUAAUUUA